AUGCGGUCGAAGUUCAAGGACGAGCAUCCCUUCGAGAAGCGCAAGGCAGAGGCUGAGCGUAUUCGCCAGAAGUACGCAGACCGUAUCCCGGUAAUCUGCGAGAAGGUUGAGAAAUCAGACAUCGCCACCAUCGACAAGAAGAAGUACCUCGUACCCGCGGACCUCACUGUCGGUCAGUUUGUCUAUGUCAUCCGCAAGCGCAUCAAGCUUUCUCCCGAGAAGGCCAUCUUCAUCUUCGUUGAUGAAGUCCUCCCACCCACUGCUGCACUUAUGAGCAGUAUCUACGAAGAACACAAGGAUGAGGAUGGCUUCUUAUAUAUCACAUACUCUGGCGAGAACACUUUUGGAGAUUGCUGA